GAAGUCCCUUCCGAGGAUAGGAACUAGCCGCUACCAUAUCAGAACUACAGUUCCCGAUAGGCCAAGCGCUCCCGUUAGACCCGCUGGAGCAGCGGGGUAAGAUGGCGGCCACUGGAGGGCUAGGGGAUCUCCUUUUGUUUUAAGGCUCAGAUAUUAGGAAGAAAUCCUCUAGUGCGAGUGCGGAGCAGGGCCGGAGCAGCGGAUCUCAGCAGCCAGGAGCCUCCGUCAGUGGGCCCGUUUCUCCAGGUUGCAGUUAUGGAAGCAAACGACCAAGAUCCCAAACUUACUAGUCAAGAUACUGAUGAGGAGUCAGAGGAAGAGUCCAACAGACCAGCACAAGUUCCGUCAUCACAGAAGAGUCAGGCAGAGAGUACUACUGCUGACCAGCCGACUGAGGAGGAAUCGUGCAAGGCUGAAGGCCUGUGCCCAGGACGGAUCUUUAUUCUGAAGGCUUUGCAACAAGUUGUAGGAAGCAGCUUGCAAAAUGAAACAAAGGCGGAGCUCUGUAAAACUACAGAUUCAAAACAGAAGGGUGCAAAGCUGAUGAAGGCCUGUAGGAAAAGGAAAGUGAAGAACAAUGGUGCUGAGAAUUCUAAAUCGCUUGGUGCAGAGAAUGAAAAUUCUACCCCUGAAACAACAGGAAAUCCCUUGGCCAGUCUUGCAGUUGCAUUGGAUUACAUGGAAAAGACAAACACUACAAUUAGUACAUCAUCUCAUAGCUUCACAUAUGAGGAAGAACCCAUAGAGUUGGGAGCCAGUUAUGACACAGAAGAGGUGGACGAACUGGAGCUUGUAGCUGAAAUUCAGAUUGGUGACAUUGCGUCUUAUUGGAAUACUCGUUCAGGGAACUCCAGGAGGGACAGACAUUGGAGAAUUCAGAAGUCGGUGUGCCUAAGUACCUCAGGACUACAUGCUAGACGUGGACAAUCAGCCUCUGUCAGUGGACAGGUUACGUGUGAUCCAGCACGAAUGGAAGGCUUGUUGGAUCCUACCAGAAAUUCUUCACUCAUGAGACUAAAUACCCCACAGACAUUUCACAGGAGUAGAAUACGCACAGAUAGGAAUGCUCUGCGGAAUGUUUGCAUUGCAGACAGGACAGACUUCGAAGCAAAUUCACAGCUUCACACUUCCACAGAAACUGUGCUACCUGGACUAUCUUGGAUUAUUCCUGAUCCAAAUAAAUCUAGAGGAAAUAAUGGCCUUUGUUCUGGCAGGACUACCCCAAUACAUGGCAAUACAAAAAAAGUUGAACCCAGUCCUGAUUCAUUUAUAUCUUUGGGUCUAGCCCUUGGAAAUGAAACAGGGGUUUCAAGUGGACAGCAGAGACCUGGUGGUUCGGAAAGUUCCACAUCUAAUCAGCAUUCACAGCCUCCUAAUUCUCUGGAAAAGGCAGAUUCCAGCUCCUCCUCAUCUUCCUCCUCUUCUCAAAUCCCAAUAUUCUCUGGCAGUGGCAGUGGAGCACAAUCUAACAUGUCCCAAGAACUUGAUAUUUAUGAUCCCUUUCAUCCCACAGAUGAGGAAAAUGUAAAUGGAGAUUAUUUAUAUGAUGUCACACCUGAGAAAGAAACCGAUGAACAAGAGGAUCAAAAAUACGAUCCCUUUGAUCCUACUGGCUCUAAUCCUAGUUCUUCUGAGAGCAGCCCUUCACCCUAUGAUGAGGAAGAAGAGGAUGAAGAGGCAGGCAGUGAUUCCCUUCCUGAAGGUCGGAUCUCAGAAGCUUUGGCUGGAAUCUAUGAUGAAAAUAGUUUAAGCCAAGAUUUUCCAGGUGGAGAGAAGAAGGAAAUUCAGUCCUGUGAAGUCCCAGGCAAAGAAGGGAAUGAUGAUGAUGAUGAUGAUGAUGAUGAUGAUGAUGAUGAUGAAUGCGAGAAUGAAAAACCAGACCAGAAACAUUCCAGAGAAGGUUCUGAACUCACUGCAAAAGACAAUGCAAAAUCGACUUUUGAGCCUUAUAGCCCAAGUUCUAGCUUGGAAUUAGAUAGAGUUGAUGAAGUAGAGGAUGUUUCAAGGGAAGCAUCAGAAGAGAAAAGCCUAAAAGAGCCACCACUGGCAGAUUCGACACUUGGUGAAGGCAACACUUCAGAAGUAGUAGCAGAACCCAGAAGAAGGGUGUUUGCUGUGGAUGUUGGAAAUGAUUAUGCUAGAAAAGCAGAGUUUAUGUCAGAAUCUGAAUCAAAGUCCAAAAUAGAGAUAAAGGUUUCACUUGAAUCAAUUGCAAAACCUGACGUCAAGUCCUAUUUGCGGAUGGAGAAAAUUGUCAAGCUUGGAAGUGAGUCGCGAAAUCGCCACAAGCGAAGGCAUUCUUCUGAAAGGAAAGAACGUGGAGAUGAUUCUGACAAUAAAUAUGAUUCUGAAAUUGAAGAAGGGGAGAUUGUUCAGCCAGAUGAAGAUCGAUUUAGUCCCAUGCCUUUGUUCCGUAGCCGGUGCAGGGUUUUGGACAGGCCUUUAAGGAUGGUUGAAGGUGAUGACUUUCUCUCCCUACAUGCAGACUCUGAUGAGGAAGGAGCUCUGCAGAUUGACUUUGGAGAAAAUCAAAUAGACAACAGGUGGAAAGGUUUGGAUCUAAGAAGGAAAAUCACCAACCAGCGCAGGGAAAGGUAUCGUAAAAAAUCACAGUCUCCUGCAAAAUCCAAAAGGCGUUCUAAGUCCCCAUCUCCAUCAGGUUCUCAUAGUCGUAAAAAGGCUAAGCAUGAACGUAAGAGAUCCAGAGAAAGAAAGCAGUCCAAAGAACCCAGGGCAUCAAAUGUUCUAUGGUCUGGUGUAAAGAAAAUAAAGGACAGUAAAGAUCGCAAGCGUUCUCGUUCACGGUCUCACAACAAAGGUUCUCGUUCUCGUUCUAGAGAUCGCAGGAGAUCAAGGUCCUGGUCACCCUCUAUCAGUACCAGCAUAUCUGCUGUUGAGUCUUCCCGUACAUCAGCUGAGAGAAGGAAGAGCCAAAGAUCAAAAUCAAAGGAGAAAAAAAGACGAUAUUCUCGCUCCGUCAGUACUGAUCAAUCUCGAAAAGAUAAACAUAAAGACAAACACAGAACAGAGGGUAAGAAAAAGAAGAAAAGGUCACGCUCCAAAUCUAGAGAUCGUGAUAAGAGAACAUCCCAUCAUUCAAAUGAGAGAAGGGAAAAGGAGAAGGUGAGGUCAAGGCUUCUAGUGGAUGAGCCUAAAUUAGACAAUCCUCCUUUAUUAGAGAGGAAAAGAAGAGACAGUCGAUCAGUGGUACCUCCUUCAAUCCAGGACCUCAAUAAUGCCGAUCUCUUUAGCAUUAAAAGAACAAUUACUGUGAAUCCAGAAGAAAAGCUUGAUCGAGAGGACUUGCUUAAUACUCCUAGAAAAAGAGAGGUUCUUUAUGACUCUGAAGGGCUUAGCUUUGAAACAUUUUCUGACCGUGAAAACCUUGAUGACCGUGACGGCAAAAGUAACAGAAUAUUUGAAAGGCCUUCUGGAAAGUCAGAGACCAUAAAGAGAAGGGCACCUAUUGACUUUGAUAAAAAACGUGAUGAAGAUGAUAGGGCUAGACGGCUAAAAACUUCGAAGGAUCGGGACAGAAAAAGAACGUACACUGAUGACAGUCAUGAGAGAUACAAGAAAAGAUAUAAAGCUAUUCCCGAACCAGAGCCUGAGCCUUUUAAACUAGACAAAGAUAAACUGCGCAUUGAGAAGGAUAAAACUUCUAAAAAGUUGAAGAUUAGUCAUAAAGAAAGCAAGGGGGGAUCUGCCAGGAAAGUCAAACUACAGUCUAAAGUGGCUGUUCUUAUCAGAGAAGGUGUAAGCAGCACCACUUCGGUUAAAGAGGCAGGUUCCAUUGGAGUCAAAUUUAGCCGCGACAGAGAAAGCCGUUCGCCGUUCCUUAAAUCCGAAAAUAAGCUUCACAAUAUAAAAACAACCCGGCCUAAGCUUGAUGCCAUUGAUGCUAAAGAACCCAUUCUAAAGCCUAAAAAAGUCAAGGGCUUAAAAACAAAGACCGGCAUCAAAAAAGUGAAAACUAUUGGAGCUGCCGGGGCUCUUGUGAAACCCAAAGGGCCACCUGAAAAGAAGAAGAAAAAGCUGAAAACAAAAGCCUCUUUAAAGAAGUCAAAGGCAGACAGCUGCAGUAAAGAGAUCCCCAGCCCAAUCCAAGCCAAAGAGGAGCCUAUAUGGUCAGACACCGAGAAUACAGAGAGCAAAGUUAAACCUCCUAGUCCUCCGAAGCCAGCCAUUGAGCAGGAACUUACGCCUGACUCUCAGACUGUUGACAGCAGCUGUAAGACUCCAGAUGUCUCUUUCAUACCAGAGGAACCUCCACCAGAGCCUGAGAGGAUCACUGACUUGGAGGUGGACAGUAUAUCUGAACCUAAAGAAGAGGCACAAAGACCACCUCCAGCACCAAUUCCAUGGAAUCUCCAGUCAGGAGUGGACUGCACCACAAGUGGAGUUCUUGCAUUGACUGCGCUGCUGUUUAAGAUGGAAGAAGCUAAUAUGGCGAGCAGGGCCAAGGCACAGGAGCUGAUUCAAGCCACUAAUCAGAUCCUCGGUCAGAGCAAACCUUCUACCUCCCUGGUCUCCACACCCCCACCAUCUAUCAUAACAACUCUGGGUCACUCUGCUCCCUCCUACCCCCUGUACUCCGGUUUGCCUCUCAGCGGCAACUCAAGUCCUCCUACUCCAACUGGUGUGUCGAACAUAACCAGCCAGACCAUCUCUGGCUCCACCUCAAGUUCCUUCUUUAACACUUUGUCAAGCAUGGAGCUGGGAAAGAGAGAAGGCAGCACAAGUUCAGAGGGCAGAGGGGAAACUGACAAGUACCUGAAGAAGCUGCACACGCAGGAGCGAGCGGUGGAGGAGGUGAAGCUGGCCAUUAAACCUUACUAUCAGAAGAAAGAAAUCACCAAGGAAGAUUACAAGGACAUACUGCGCAAGGCUGUACAUAAGAUUUGCCACAGCCGGAGCGGCGAAAUAAACCCGGUGAAAGUGAACAACCUGGUGAAGGCUUACGUCCAGCGCUACAAAUACUUCCGGAAACACGGCAAAAAGAUGGAGGACGACGAAAGCACCGGUUACCGCAGCGGCAAAGAGUCGGGGGCCAUGGACAAGUCGCUGCCAUCGUUACCGUUAAUCUGAGUAGGAGGUGGAAGAGGGACACUUCUCCGUUCACAUAGUCUAUCACUUUAAAUGAAAACAAGAAGAAUCAUUUUAAUUGCUAGUAUAAAAAGGAAAAAAAGCUUUUAUGCAAAUAUUUGUCGGACUUUAGAAAUAACUCUUUAGAGACAAAAUUCUAUGUAAGUGACUCAUAAGAGACCCCCCCCCCCGAUGGCGGCAGAAUACAGCUGGCAACUCCUACUCUGGGGAGAAACCCGCAUCUUUGCUAGAUAUGGCUGCAGUGGAAGGUCGUUUUUUAACUGUCUCUUGUAAAUACAUCUGCAAUUCCCCCAACUGCCACCCGCCGCUUGAUGAUGAUGAUGAUGAUUAUUCACGUUAUGGAUUUCACUUCUCUCACCCCUGCCCUUUCUUUUUCUCCGCCCUAAUUAUUAUUAUUAUUAUUAAUAAUAUAUAUAUUUUUUAUUUCGGUUUUGCAUGAUUUGUCUUGUCAUCACUGUCCCAUCCCCAGGGUAGCGGCUUCUUGUUACAAUCUGUUGCUUCAUACUGUAUUAAACUGCCAUCCUGUAA